UAAAAUGGUCCAUCGUGUUCAUCCUUUUUAUUCUGGUUGUACGCAUCUCUGUUAUUUUCUCUGUUCUUGCAAAGUCCUUUCCUUCGAUCUUCGCUGUCGCUGGUGUUACCGAUGGCGUCGUCUUCGUUUAUCUCAUCGAUAGCCCGAAGGCUGGAGGGCAAGGUCGCUCUGAUAACCGGAGGAGCCAGCGGCAUCGGUGUAUGCACGGCCCGGGUCUUUGCCAGCCAUGGGGCCAAGGUCGUGAUAGCUGACCUUCAGGACGAGCUGGGCCAUUCUGUGUGCGAGUCCAUCGGCCCGUCGAGCGCUUCCUAUGUCCACUGCGAUGUGACGGAUGAGGACCAUGUCAAGAAUGCAGUCCAGAAGGCCGUCUCGGCUCACGGGAAGCUAGACAUAAUGUUCAACAAUGCUGGCAUAGCGGACGAGAACAAGGCCCGGAUCAUCGACAACGAGAAGUCAGAUUUCGAGCGGGUGCUCCGGGUCAACGUGACGGGGGUGUUCCUCGGGAUCAAGCACGCGGCCCAGGCCAUGAUCCCAGCCCGGUCUGGCUGCAUACUCUCGACUGCCAGCAUCAGCUCGGGCCUUGGUGGGGCUGCCUCCCACGCCUACGCGUGCUCGAAGCACGCGGUGCUGGGGCUCACGAGGAAUGCAUCGGUCGAGCUGGGCAAGUUCGGGAUCAGGGUCAAUUGCCUUGCACCGUACGCGCUCGCAACCCCGCUGGCGAGGGGGUUCGUCGGGAUGGACGACGAGGGGCUUGAGGAGUUAAUGAGGUCCUUGGCUAACUUGAAAGGGGUGACAUUGAAGGCGGAGGACGUUGCCAAUGCAGCCUUGUUCUUGGCCAGUGAGGAGGGCAGAUAUAUUAGUGGACAUAACCUCUUCAUUGAUGGGGGAUUUAGCAUCGUCAACCCAUCCUUUAACAUGUUUCAGUACCCAGAAGAUGCUUGAUUGUCUUCAUUAAUUAAUUAACGUAUAAUGUCAUUUGUUUUUCAUAUAUUGCAUAUAUUUAUGCAAUAACUUUAUAAUAAAAUGAGACUAGGACGAGAAUAAUACUUCUUUUAGCAA